AGCAGGUUCCCAAGUUUCUGCCUUCGUUGUUGGCCACGGCGUGGGAAGCAGCUCUGGGGGAGCUCGGAGCUCCCGAUCACGGCUUCUUGGGGGUAGCUACAGCUGGGUGGGUGGAAGGGGGCUGGGUCCCCUAGCGGAGACCCCAGGGGGGUAGGCAGGUGCGUCCCUGCCCGAGGACUCUGUGACUGCCUACCGUCUGGGUCGGUCCCUAUCCAGCUCUCCAGCGGCUCCCAGGGAGAACUCGGUGGACCUUCAGGAACAUUGGGCAGCUCUGCCUCCCGACCAAUGCCUCUGUCCCUGGGAGCCGGGAUGUGGGGUCCUGAGGCCUGGCUGCUGCUGCUGCUCCUGGCGUCGUUUACAGGUCAGUGCCUUGCUGGUGAGCUGGAGACCGCGGACCAGGUGACCGUGGUGCUGGGCCAGGAUGCCAAGCUGCCCUGCUUCUACCGAGGGGAUCCGGGCGAGCAGGUGGAGCAGGUGGCAUGGGCUCGCGUGGAUGCGGGCGAGGGUGGCCGGGAACUGGCACUGCUGAACUCCAAAUACGGGCUGCACGUGAGCUCAGCCUACGAGGGCCGCGUGGAGCAGCCGCCGCCCCCACGGAACCCCCUGGAUGGCGCGCUAUUGCUGCGCAAUGCGGUGCAGGCUGACGAGGGAGAGUACGAGUGUCGCGUCAGCACCUUCCCUGCUGGAAGCUUCCAGGCGCGGCUGCGGCUCCGCGUUCUGGUGCCUCCCUUGCCCUCGCUGAAUCCUGGUCCGGCGCUGGAAGAGGGCCAGGGCCUGACCCUGGCAGCCUCCUGCACGGCAGAGGGCAGCCCGGCCCCUAGCGUCACCUGGGACACAGAGGUCAAGGGCACGACAUCCCACCGCUCCUUCACACACUCCCGCUCAGCGGCCGUCACUUCAGAAUUCCACCUGGUGCCCAGCCGCAGCAUGAAUGGACAGCCACUUACCUGUGUGGUGUCCCACCCUGGCCUGCUCCAGGACCAACGGAUCACCCACAUCCUCCAAGUGGCCUUCCUUGCGGAAGCCUCUGUGAGGGGCCUUGAAGACCGAAAGCUGUGGCAGGUCGGCAGAGAAGGGGCUGUGCUCAAGUGCCUAAGUGAAGGGCAGCCCCCUCCCUCGUUCAACUGGACGCGGCUGGACGGGCCCCUGCCCAGUGGGGUACGAGCAGAAGGAGACACCCUGGGCUUCCCCACGCUGACCACUGACCACAGCGGCACAUACGUCUGCCAUGUCAGCAAUGAGCUCUCCUCAAGGGAUGCUCAGGUGGUGGUGGAUGUUCUUGGCCCCGCGGACGCCCCGGGGAAGCAGGUGGACGUGGUGUCGGCCUCCGUGGUGGUGGUGGGUGUGAUCGCCGCGCUCCUGUUCUGCCUUCUGGUGGCGGUGGUGGUGCUCAUGUCCCGAUACCAUCGGCGCAAGGCCCAGCAGAUGACCCAGAAAUAUGAGGAGGAGCUGACCCUGACCAGGGAGAACUCCAUCCGGAGGCUGCAUUCCCAUCACUCGGACCCCAGAAACCAGCCGGAGGAGAGUGUAGGGCUGAGAGCCGAGGGCCACCCCGAUAGUCUCAAGGACAACAGUAGCUGCUCUGUGAUGAGUGAAGAGCCGGAGGGCCGCAGUUACUCCACACUGACCACAGUGAGGGAGAUUGAAACGCAGACUGAGCUGCUGUCUCCAGGCUCUGGGCGGGCAGAGGAGGAGGAAGAUCGGGAUGAAGACAUCAAGCAGGCCAUGAACCAUUUUGUUCAGGAGAACGGGACCCUGCGGGCCAAGCCCACGGGCAAUGGCAUCUACAUCAACGGGCGGGGGCAUCUGGUCUGACCCAGGCUUGCCUCCGUCCCCUAAGCCUGGCUCCCUCUGCUGACAGGGAAGCCUUCAGCUCAUCUCCAGGGGGGCCUCCCUACACACUCUUUUCUUGAGGAAGAUGCUCCCCACCCCACUGACUGCUUGAUCUCCAGUCCUUCCCGUCCUUCCGUUGGAUACCGGAAGGGCUCUGCUGGUUGAGUCCCUCCAACAGUGUGUGCAUGUGUGCUUGUUUGAGUGUGUGCUGUGUGUGCGUGCAGGGGUGGACUGUGCCCGUGAUGUGCGUCACGCUGUCACAGGUGAACUGUGGUGUGUGUGUGACCCGGUUCAGCGGCAACACGGGGGGACGUCACGGGGAUGGGCUUGUGUACCUGCAGCUGUGGGACCUUUGCCUGUAAAACGCAGGUGUUUUCCUCAGACCCCAGAGCAGUAUUAAUGAUGCAGAGGUUCGAGGCGGGAGGUGGAGACUUGGGCCAGAUCCAGGUGUGCGGGCAUAGCUGGAGCUGGAAUCUGGCCUCCUGAGUUGGGGAGCAGAGCUCCCACCACUUGGGACCCGCUGGGGCAAGUGUGAAGCGGUGGGCUGGGGUCCACCAGAAGCUCAAACUGCCCUCUGGUGGUCUCUGGCCCUGCUGCAUGUACAUAUCUUCUGUAAAUAAGCCUGCACAGGGGAGCUUCUUUAAGGAAUAUUGCCCCAAACUCAUUAAGAGAAAAGACUUUUUAAAAAACUUUGGAUUCAUCUGGAUGUUUAUCGUUAAAAGGAUUGCUUAAAGAGUCAUCAGCCUACACAGGGAUUCAGCAAAGCUAGACCUUGCUCGGGCCCGACCCCAGGAGGUUAAUUCCUAUGGUUCAAGGUGCUCCUUCUGAGGCAUCUUAAUCUAGACAGCCUCAUGGGAAGGAGACUAAGAUCUGGUGGAGUAUGAAGGAGGAGCGUGUGCCCCACAGUUACUGGGAACGGGAGGACAGGUAAGGUCCUUGGCCCUAGCGGUUCCUCAGCUUUUCCCCUAGGCGCAGGUUUUCUUAGUGUGUGCACAGGUGUUUGUGGUCCCUUGGUGAGGGGUCACUAGGGCUUGGUGACAAGGGCUCCUGGUUUAGUCAUGGUAUAGGGGAGAGAGAAUAGUGAUAAUAGAACCAGGGAGGGUGGGAGUUCAAGUGAGGUGAAGGAGCUACUGGGAGCAAGAAUGUCCCCUUUUCCCCAGGGGUCUCGGGGUCACUAGCUUGGGGCUCUUCCAGCAGUUUUGCUGGGUGGGGGCUGGGAUUAGAUGAGGUCCAUUUUUGCCUGCCUGACCCAAAUACAUUCAACCAGGAUACCUAGAUUUAGUGCCAAACCCUGCUCAGCCUGAACUCUGCUGGACUUCUGACCAAAGGAGAGUCUCUUAUCCCCUGCUCUCCAGCCAGCCAGGACUUUGCAUGUGGAACCUGAAGAUAUGGAAUUCUAGUAUGUACAUUUUGUGUAAAUAUGUGCAUAAUUGUACAUAAGUGAUAUUCUGUUUUUAAAUAAACAGAUAAAACCUGUU